UCCUGCCACAGAAUGCCCGUUGCGCCGUCAGCCACAGCACUACAACUCCCAGCAUUCAUUGCGUCAACGCGUUUGCGUCUCUGAAAAAGUGUCCGCUCCUCGUUGACGGACUGAACUCAAAAUGCCCGUUGUUAUAAAUGAUUUAGUUUGAAUUAAAUCCACGCCAGGCACGACAUGAAAUGUAUAUGUAAUGACGGCUAUUUUUUUUUAUAUCUGUAUCUAUGAUCUGUAGAUCUGCGAAAAUAGGUCAACAUCAAACUGUAGGAACUAUUUAUUGCAUGCUUGGGGGUAGUCGAGGGGAAUUCGCAGUAGGACUAUAACAGUGACAGGAGCCCGAGGAGCGUGAUAGCGAUAUAAUUGAGUUUCAACAUUGACACAACAGAAGAGUUUUAAAUCAAGACGAAGCCCCUCACCACGAUGGACGCCCUGCAGAGGAGGGGGACUCACGAGGACACGGUCCUGUACAAGCUCUUCCUCGUCCAGCCCGACGGCUCAUCGUCACGGCGGCCCGAGGAACAGCUCUCACCUCUGGUGGAGGAGAUUCUGGCAAACGUUGCCCCACUCUUAAUGCAGUACAUCUGGCAGCAUCAGUCGUUCAACCUCAGGUUUCAUCCCGAGAACGGAGGGGUCCCUGCUCACAUCGGAGGCAGCACUCAGUUUGGGGACAACGUGGAGGACGAGUGGUUUGUGGUGUACCUCCUGCAGCAGAUCACCGAGACCUUCCCAGAGCUUGCAGCCAGAGUUGAGGACAACGACGGUGAGUUUAUUCUGAUCGAAGCAGCAGAUUAUCUUCCCAAGUGGCUGAACCCAGACACCAGUGAACUCAGGGUCUUCCUCUAUAAGGGAGAAUUGCAUAUCCUGCCCUGCCCGACCAAAUCCAGUCCAGUGGGCAUCUCAAAGGAUGUGGUUCCCAGUGUGCCACAGGCUCUGGCAUUGCUCUCCAGCCACCCAGACGCCUGUCGGGCCAGUCCCAGGAUUUGUUCAGCCCUGAGGAAAAGACUGGAGGGGUACCCAGAGAAGAUUAAAACAAUUCUCCACCGUGCCCAUUGCUUCAUCCCUGCUGGCAUCGCCCAGGUACUGGCGCAGCGACCAGACCUGGUCGCCCCUGCAGUGUUGGCUUUCUACCUGCGGGACCCAGUAGAUCUGCAGGCGUGUCGGAGCUUCAAGACUUUUCCUCCUGAUACAAGAGUCCUUACCUCGGUGACAUUCACCCGUUGCCUGUAUGCGCAGCUGCAGCAGCAGGAGUUCACCCCAGACCGGAGGAGCGGCUUCACCCUGCCCCCUCGCUCGCAUCCCCAGUACAAAGCCCAUGAGCUUGGCGUGAAACUGGCACACGGCUUUGAGAUCCUGUGCUCCAAGUGCAGGCUGCCGUCGUCAGAGCCUGGUGCCCCCAUCAGUUGUAACCCUCAGUGGAAAGGCUUCAUGGACAGUCUGAAAAAGAAUGGCUACUUCGGGGGAGAACUGGAAGGUUCUGCCCGUUGCAGAGAGCUGACACAAUCAGCAGAAAACUUCUUCAAACAGUCUGUCGCCUCAAAGUCAAGUGCUUUGUCCCCAGGUGAGGAGAUUCUCCAGCUUCUGCAAAGCUGCACUUCCUUCAACUUGGAGGAACUGAAGAAACAAGAGUCACAGCUCCCCCAAGAGGACAGUGACAGCUGGCUGGAUAUCACAGCUCAGGAUUUGGAGCGUAUGUUGCAGGAGAGGAGUGGGGUGAGGACGGAUGUUGGCAGCCAAAACUCUAGUUCCACCAAAGGGACACAGCAUGUCAAGGGUGUGAAGGAGAGGGGAAAGGGGACAAAGGACGAGGAGGAAGAGGAGGCCAGUUACAGCCUGGUAGCAAUUAGUCAAGGGAUGAAGAACUUCCUCAGCGCCAUGUCGUCGCAUGAGGGAGCUGAACUGCCCUGGAGCAGCUCAACUCAUCCUUUCAGUUUUGAGCCUGACUCGAUGGCCGCGGCCGUGGACAGACUGCUGGGAAGUAAAGAAGAAGAGCUGGAUUCAGAUGAUCUAGAUGAUGAUGAUGAAGAUGAUGAUGAUGAGGAGGAGGUAGAGGAGGAGGAGGAGGAGGAAGAAAGACAACCAGGGCCAUCUGUUCAUGGAGAGAUGAAUGGAACAGAAACAUUGGAAAGUCUGAGAAUAUACAUGGACCAAAUGGAUCAGGAGCUCAUGGGCACUAAUGUGGGAAAAAGCUUCCAUCAAAGUAAUUACAACAAGGCAGACCUGGACAGUGGCUCCCCUCAUGUCUCUGCCACAGGCCGUGUCCCGAGUGAGGGGGGGGUGGAGGAGACGGAGGAGGACAUCCAGCCUCUUGACGUGGACUUAAACCUGAUCUCAAACCUGCUGGAGUCCCUCAGCUGCCAGGACGGGCUGGCCGGCCCAGCCUCCAACCUGCUGCAGAGCCUGGGCUUACACCUGCCCCCCAACUCUGGUUCCUCGUAACAGAGUGAGAGUACGAGAGCUGUCAUUCCAUGGACGGUCCUUCUGUGGCCGCAAGCACUCGUUCAUGGUAAAUGUGUCCACUGGAGUUUUCACUGUAGCCAAAUGGCUUUGAAGACAUUUCCAAUGAGGCAUUUUCAAAAAUCUUGUUUUAGGUUUUGAAACCUGCUUUGUUUGCAGUUUACAGGUAAUAAUAGAUGUACACAAAGUACAAAAAGACAAAAAAACUCAUGUGUGCAGUAGAUAAAUUUACUUUGACAAAAUAGAUUAUUGAAAAUUAUAACACAUGACAAAAAAAUAAUAAUAAUAAUAUGAUAUAUAAAGGGUAUAUUUCAUUCAUCCACAACUUUUCAUAGCAAUAUCCCCAUCAGCUAUCUAAGAUGGCGUCAUAUUAAUGGCAGUGUUUAAAGAAAUGCACUUAUUUUCGGGUUUGGUUGCACUGUACAAACAUGUUCAUGUCUGUGUUGCCAAGAAUCUUGACAAUUAUUAACAAAGUUUGUUUUUUGUCUUUUCUUUACUAUAGUUAAUCAUGGAAACUGUCUCUAACAGUCUUGUCUAAGUGUCUUGAUCCUUUCAGUAAGUGUCUGAAGUCCAUUUUUUUGUUUUUAUUUUCAAGUUUCAAGUAACCGUAAACUGAAGGUGAAAUAUUCUACGUUUUUCCCGGUGGCUCUUUAAUACAUGCUGCUAGUGUUGAGAUACAUGUAUUGGUGGUGUUUAUGAUAAAACUUACAUUUGGUGGUCCGAAACAAUAAAUAUUUUUUCAAAUAAA